UCACAUGUGUCAAAUUCAAAUUAUACUUUGACAUGUUUUGUUUUCUAAGUAUUUCAUCAUGAUUUAAAAUUAUAAAUAAUAAUAAAAACGAUUCAUAUAAAGCAACAAAAAGUGUAUAAUGUACUAAUUAUAACUCCAGUCAUCCACAUGGCGUCAAUAAGUAAUAAUAGAAAGCAAAAUGAAACUUCAAUUCGCUUUAACUUUGUCCAUUUUCGCCACCGCAUUUAUCGGUGAUUACGUUGUUUUUAAAUCGAAAUUUUCUCACUCGCAAAUCUUCAGAGCUUGCUCCGACUCUCUGGUGCAUGCUUCAAUAGGAUUUCUGUCGUCUGUAUUGUUUUUCAGCCAUGAAAAUCUAAUGGACAGUUCUAGUAUGUUUAACAUAGCUAUAUGCACUUUUAUGUCAUCUUUUAUUGAUGUAGAUCACAUAUUUGUGGCGAGAUCACUACAGUGGAAGGACCUGACAAAUUUGAAACAACGAGGCAUAUUCCACUGUACCACAUUCUGGCUGGUGUUAACAACAUCUCUCUUAAUAUAUAGUUAUAUAUAUAAAAAAAUACAUAUAUAUGUUAUAACUUGGAUGCUAAUUGUUGCUUACACAAGCCACCACAUAAGGGACGCUAACAGACGUGGCCUGUGGCUAUAUCCGUACGGACAUACACCACCGUUCCACAAAUAUAUAUAUAUUUUCCUCGUAGGUUUGUUGCCUAAUUUGUUAACUUUGUUAUACAAUUGUUGGAAACCAAACAUUUAUAAGCAUACUGUAAUAAAUUAUAAAUUAAUUGUUUAAUGUAAAUACGCUUUAGUAAUUAAUACCACCCCCAAUAAGAUUGUCUAAUAGUAAACACAUUUUUAAAAAAAAACAUAAAAUCUUUUUAAUUAAUAAACAAAAAAUUGGAAUACCCAAUAGGUACGUAGCCGAAAUAUUUAUUGCCUGAAUAUCUGAAUGUGACAGAAAGUGAUCUCUGACUACCCCUCAUCUAAUGGUAUCUGUUAUUUAUUUAUUUAUGUAGAAUAUAAUAUCGAGUGGAGGCAAAUAUAAUGGACACAUACAAUGCAGUUUAUUUAUAUAUAUAUAUAUAUUUUUUAUAUUGUAAAUUUUUAAUGAAAAGUUUUGCGACUGACUCUUGGCCACAGCAGAAUAUCAGUGUUUUGCUCUUUUAAGGGCAAAGCAAUAAACUGAGCUGUGACCAUUUUGUGUUACUAUGGCACAUGCAUGAAGGAAUGUUAACAAAGGAGAUUGUUAGAUUAUGUAUUUUGUUUUUGUAUUUUUUUUUUAUUUGUGCUUUUUUAUUUUUAUUCUUUUGUCUCUUUUGCUGUGUAUUACAUGUAUGUUUUUUUUUUAUUGUAAUUUGUGUGCUGUAAGUAAUGUAAAUAAAUUGUCUAUCUAUCUAUCUAAUUUCUCAUCAUCAUCAUCAUCUUCAUUUUUCAUCAACCGUUAACUGUCCACUGCUGGACAUAAGCCUCCCUCAUAAAGGUAUUUUGCCAGUAGGUGCCACGUUUGGUGCACGGGUUGGCAACCGCCGUUAGUCUUUGGUGUUAUUUUAAAAGGGACGCUGCUACCCGUCCCUCGGCCAUUGACCCUUCUUCGCAGACUUUUUUUAUUGGUGAAAUAAUUCAUGUUCAAAAUGAAAAGGAAAAAUGGUUAAAAAAAACAAAUUUGACAGCUAUGUAUUUUUUUUUCUGCAACGGACAUUAAAAAGGUAUCCAGACACGAUCAACUUAAAGUGAACUUGUUCUUUUAUAUAAUUUCUGGGCGUUCAAUGUUAUGAUGGAAAUUUACACCAUUAUGCACAGAAGGGUUAAGUUGCCUUAAUCGCCAAUACUAAACUAUUGGCUAUAGUUUGUAUUCACGUAAAAUUAUAAACUUGUAAAAUUAUAAUUAAAAAUUGAGUCUUCACCAUCAUGCAAAUUAAAUUAAUACCUUAGGAGAUAUAACAAAAUCAAAAAAAUACACAACAAAAUUAAUACUGUGUCGCCAUGAUUCGACCGGGCCGCGCGGGCGCCCCGUGACCUCGCGCCUCGCCUCAAGUUAAAAGUACCCGUAACCGGCGAGCGUGUAUGAAAAGAUUGAUGAAUGUGGAGGAAGCGAAAGAGGUUUGUUUGAAUCGAAGCAUUUGGCGUUCCAUUGUUUCUGCCUACCCUAAUAGGAGACAGGCGUGACAGAUAUGUAUGUAUGUAUUAUUUACCUAUUUACUAUAGUGGGAUUAAAUUACAGAAUUGACAUUUUAUGAAAAUUAAUAUUUAAUUAAAUCGUAAUAUUUUAUAGUUAAUUAUUGUAAUUAACUUGACGUGUACGUACAAAUUGUAAGUACCUAUAAUGUGUUGGAGUUUGGUCCUCAGUAAACUGCAGGUAAUAAAUAAAUAAAUAAAAUAAAAUAAAUAAUUUAUCAUUUAAAAAGGUUAUCAUUCCUGUCAUAAUUUCCUUUUCUUUAAUUACUUUUUCAUUUAAUUAUUUUAAAACUAUAUAACGUUGUAAACUCUAAAAGCGAAAUGACCUAUUCUAUUUGUAUUUUUAUA